CCAGAACUAAACUGCUGCAUGCAGUGAAGUGAUCGGUCAUCAAGUCGGGCAGUGCACAGCUCACAGCUGCAGCAGACUCAGCAGAGCAGUCACUACCUAACCAUGGGUAUCACUGGUUGUUUAUUAAAACUUGACUGUGAUUGAGACUCCGAAAGAAGGAGCGAAGUGCCCUAACCAUUAUUGCUUGUCAAGCACCAAACAGUUAGCAGUCUGACGUCAACUGGCAGUCAUGAGGCUCUAGGGUUGUUAGCAGUGGUCAUCAGUGUUGCAAGUCUACCAGGAGGUCUUUUAGUAUAGCAUUAGCAGUCCAUAUUAUACCCAGCUGUAGCAGUCAAUAUAAUUCACUAUGGCCCUGGAAUCCAGGGAUGUGGUGUCUAUGGUGGCGACCAUUUCAACUCUAGCUCUGUUCUUGACAGGAAUACAAAUUUGUAUGAAGAUUCGACGACAGGGUAACACCAACAACAUCUCUGUCUUCCCAUUCGUAGCCAGUGAUGUUAGUUGUAUUCUGUGGUUGAAAUACGGGAUUCUACGACAGGAUGGGACGUUGAUUGUCGUCAACACAGUCGGAGUGAUACUACAAUCAAUUUACAUUCUUAUAUUCUACCUCAACUCAUACGAAAAGGACAGCCUCCAUAGGAAGAUGCUGUACAGUAGUUUACUAGUCUUCCCUGUGCUUGCCUACAUCAAGUUCUACGUCGAUGAGUUGGACACGGCAUUGUUUCAGCUCGGUCUCAUCUGCUCAUGUUGUUCCGUCGUCAUGUACGGAUCUCCUUUAAGUACAGUGGCGGAGGUAAUAAGAACCAAGAGCACAGCCUCCAUGGCCUUCAUGCUCUGCUUAGCUAACUUCUUGGUGUCGUUGGAGUGGGCGUUCUAUGGUUACAUUGUCAUGGAUAGCUUCAUCAAGGUACCAAAUAUCAUCGGUGCUCUGCUCGGCUCAAUACAACUUACACUGUUUUACUGCUAUUCGGGCUCACCGGGUGUUGGGCACCAGGCAGGAGGAUCCGUCAGUACUGUUUGAAGACGUCUGAACAUCCGGUAACUUAAUGAUGGAUUGUACAGUGACGUCAUUGACCACAAUCGUUGAUGAAACUUGCAUGCGUGCAUUGGCUGAGAGUCGCGCAUACACGCAUGCACUUUCCCAUUGUUAAUCAUCAGAUAUGGGCGUCGAUGAUGCUUUGUGCUAUCCAACCUUUCUCCAUUUCCAGUGGAGGUAAAAAAAAUACACGUUGAGAAAAUUUUCAAACUUGCCUUUGUUGUAACAGUAAACGGGAGAGUUUUUGUUUUCCUCUUUGCAUAUUGUGAUAUUUUAAAAAAAGUAUUAAAUGUACAGUCACACUUUUCUUCGGUCAACACUUUAUUGCUCUUCGUUUUUUCUUAGUGUUAGAGUGGUUGCUCAAAUUUACUAAGAUUUGCGGCUUAAAUUUGUGCUUAUGUAAAAAAGCUAUUAUUGUAACAAAGGUCACAUUUUUUGAAAACCAAGUAUGCACAAAUAUUUUGUAACUUAAAACAGAUGCCUUAUAGUAGCGCAAGAAAAGACUUUUUCAAUAUUUCCUGAUACAAACUGUUGCCAAGGCAUGUAACUAAUAAGUCAUUUAUGAAACAGUUGUGUUUUUGAGAUAUCAUUGCAAAUCCGGAGAGAAUAAUGUCCAAGCAGAAAACAUUAUCUCUUUUAGUAGGACUACAUAAUCUGGGAAGUGUUUGUGCAGUUACACUUCUCAGAUUCAAAUUUCAGUAAGUAAAUUUUUUUUCAUAGUGAGUUGUUCUUUCCAAAGCUGUGCACUGUAGAUUGACAGGUUAACAGAUUCAAAAAUCAGCAAAUUCAUGAUUUACAAAUCAGCCAAAUCUUUAUUCGUGAGCUAUGCAAAUGUGCUGCACAUCCAUUUCCAUCAUUUAUUACCAGGAGAAAACUAAACAUGUACAGCAUUUUGUUUUUGUUUAAUUUUUUUCAAUAGUUAAAUUUGUUUACAAUAUUACUUUUGAGAAGGACCCCCAGAAAACAACAACAACAACAACAACAACAAUAACCACAAUUGUAUUUCAAUUCUAAAGAAGGCCAUGAGGCCCAACUCCAUAAAGCUUGUUAGCACAAUACUGCGCUUAGCACAGAUAACCCUCUGCUUACACUGCCAAACUGUAAUCAAGUUAAUAUUGUUGUAACAGGUAUCCUGCAUAUUUGCUAAUAAGAAAGGCGUUAAGUAUACAUUCCUUGCUUAGCAACUUCAUGAAAUUGGCCGUAGGACCUCAUCCUCAACCCCUCAUCUAGAGUUGGUUUUUGCAUAUUUCUGCGUAGUUUUUUUACAUGUUAUAUAUUUACAGAACGCCAUGCACUUGGCGUUUUUGUACCAUCAUUCGUGGCACGUGUUAAAAAACAAUUACAAUUCUACAUUAU